AUGGAGCAAGGAGGGUGGAUUCCAGUCAUGAAGCAGAGAAGAGGGAAAGGAACAUGGAGCAAGAAGCCAAGGACUGAAUUAUUUACUGUGUUUGUGGAUAAUUUGCCUUCCAGUAUGGACCCAAAAACAUUGUUCAAAUUGUUUACAAAGUUUGGAAUAGUGAAAGAUGUAUUUAUCCCGCAGAAGAGGAGGAAGUUCACAAAUACCAGGUUUGGCUUUGUCAGGUUUGACUGCUCAGUUGCAGCAAGGGUUGCAGUUUCUAAAGCUAAUGGUCUAUGGGUAGAGGACAGGGAGAUUCAAGUCAAAAUGGCAGAGUACAAUAGAUUUAAGGAAGGAGCACAGAGUAGAAACCAGACUAAAGGGAGCAAAGGCAUCAAUGAAGCAGGUAGAAGAAAAAUACACUAUCAGCAUGGUUUACAGAGGUCAUAUGCUGAAAUACUAAAAACAAACGCUAGAGGAUCUGCGGGGAAAGUUGAAAGUACUAUCAUGGUGGAUGAAGCCGGUCAUGGUUAG